AUGAGAGCACAAGGUUCAAAAGACAAAUAUGGGGAGGAGGUGCCCGCAAGCGACACAGUUCUCCUCAGAGGCAUCAACGAUGUUGCUGCCAUAACGUCGGCUUACUUCGAAAUUGACAAAAGCGUCGUCAUUGACUGCCUCAGAAACAGUGAAGAUGUUGUUAGAGAAGCCCUAUUCGGAGACGGCGACACAGGUAAUCCGUUGAUUGUGACAUUGGACAACGACGGAGAUAUUGCAUCGAUCUCCGUCCAACGUGGUUGGAAUGAUGUAUUGAAUGCUACGCAAAAUGCCGUUGCAUUUAUCGCAGUAAGGAAAGGGGAAGGCAGUAAGGAGCAGCCUGAUGACACCAGCUAUCACAUUAUACCAUUCACGUGGAAGCCGGGGUUUUCAUCAUGUAAUAUAGCUUUCAGAUUAUUGAAUGACAUCAUUAAUCCUCUGGUAGACAACCUAAAAUACCGAGAGAGAGAAGACGAGAAAAGGCAUGGAUAUGUAAAUGAGGCUGCUAAUGGGAUCAACCGCCUCUGUAAUAUAUUUCUACAACUGGACUGCAGGUCGACUGUUCGCUACGCUAAUUUUCAUGUGGGUACAUCAAUUUGUAGGGUGGCCAUCUACAUGGGGAAAGAUGUGAAAAAUUGGAACAUUGAGAUCCCCACUGAGGUGAUGCUGGAAGACAUUAAAAACAAUGUGAUCUCAUGGUCAAUAGAGAUCGCACGUGUAUUGGGUUUAUACGCCAUUGCGAUAAAUGAGGAACCCGAAUCCGAUGAGUCGAAAACAUCGGACGAUGGCGACGAAGAUGACAGCUACAGUAUGUCAUCCAGUGACCAGUCGUCUAUCCAAUCUUCGGAUUCAAUCCUUUCGGUUGUCGAAUCCUCAUCGACUACUUCGGCUGGUGAAACGGAAUUCCAAGACAUUCCCCAGACGCCAACGUUCAUAAGUGGUUCUACCAAGUGCUAUCAGCCUAUGGAUGUCAGAGAAGAGGUCAGCUUCUGGCUAAACUACGAAAACGCUCUCAUAGAUCUGCAAGAGCAGAUUGCAUCACCGACUGUUAAAUACACUUUAGGCCUCUUGGAGUUCAACUCUGUGGAUAUAAAUCGCAUAUACUGUUUUGCAGAUGCAGUGGAUGCAGCCGCAGAUCUGACUGGUCGUGUAGAGAACAUAAAUAUACUUAUGAAGGUUUUCCCCGUCGAUGAAUUAAGAUGUGCGAAUAGCAUGGAUCGACUGAAAGAAGGCAUAUCUACAGUUCUGAAACAUUUGGAAAAGAUCAAGUAUGUGAAGCACUACACCAGCCGUAAACUCACCGAGAUGGUUAUGGGCCUGACGCAAGACCUGUUGCAAUCCUGUUAUAUGCAAUUUCACCAAUAUGUAAGGUCAGAAUUGGCCGGUGAACGACGCAAAGGUUUCGUUCAAACAGUAGAUGAUGUCAUGAACGUGUGGAAAAAUGGAUUGACGCAGUUGAAGCACCAACUGGAGAAAGACAUGAAUGGCUUGCGUAUUUUCUCGACUGACGAGAGCGUGUCUAUGCUAAGCGAUGCUCGAGAUAUUAUACACGAGUUCCAUCGGUGCCAGUGCAGACAAGAGGCCGUUUCAAAUGAUGUAAUGAUCCUGAUGAAUAUCAAAACGGUAUUUGAGCAAAUUCAUCUCGACGAAUAUGUUGCCGGCAAAAUAAAAACAGGGAACGUCAAAAAGGCUUCGGAUUUAUCCUUGCAAUUGUACAAGUGUUUUUUGCUGAACGUAAACAGAAAAAUCGGAGAUAACAAUGUCGGAUUAUACGACUUUAUAUCCAUACUGCCUUGUAUUGAUUCAUAUAACUACGUGCUUAAGAAGAUUGAAAAUGUUCUUACAGAAAGCUUUUGCUGCUUCAUCGGUAGUGUGAGUGGAGCGAACGGCAUACUGCAGUUGUUGCGCUUCGCUAAUAGGCUAUCCAUCUGCAACGACCCCUCAGUGACAUCCGACGCAUUGUUAAAUACAUUACAUGUUAUAAGAGACGAAAUCAAGGCAACAGAGGCCGAAUUCUUCCCAGAGAAAUGCGAGGCACGCUUGAUGAACUAUCUCCAUCUCUACGAUGCGGCCAAGAGGACCAGCAAUAUUGCUCGUAUAAGGGGUAAAUUAAAGGUGUUUGAAAGCGUGUUGUCUUUGAUGCGGCCGUUAGUUGAUGGUGGACGCCUUAAAUCCGUCCAUGAUUGCCUCAAGGCACUACCGCUCAACGAUCUCGAAGCCUCUUUGAGCAUUCCAUCUGCGUUGAAUAUGGAGCUGCAGCAUACUAUUUUAACGAUCUCGGAUAAUAAUGGUGAAGACCCAAAGAAUAUUCCUCGGCUGAAUUUACCGCCAUCCUUUGACCUAAUAGUCGAAUGCUUAAACAUGAAAUACCUUGGGAACCUUUCCACAGAUAUCUGCAACGCUGACAUGGAGCCAAUUAUAUCGAUUAUAUUUGCGUUUAAAUCCAUGUAUGAGGUCAUAGAGGAACUAAUUGAAGCAUAUCCAGCGCUGGAGAAUUGCCCCGGAAUCACUGUCGACUCAUUGGAUGAUGAUUUAAAUGCGAUGUUAAAGAAUAAGAAAUGGGAAGAGUUAAUGCAAUCCAUGAUUAACAAAGACGCUAUGACUGCCUUGAAUUCCAUCUUUCUCAUACUCUUUCAUGCGAUUGCUGGGGUAUCAUUUUAUGAUGACAUGGUUGAAUAUGCGGAUUCCUUUACUGCAAAUGAGUAUUUCAGCACCGUUCUGGGGCACAUGAGGCAGCAAAAGGUAUUUUUCGAGACUUAUAUACAUCAUGAGUUUGUUACAUUUGGACCUUACCUGAUAAAACAGAUGGAGACAUCGACGUUCCACUGGAAUAAAACUGCGGUUGCGAGAUGGGUAUCAGAGUUAGGUGAUAUGGCGUUCGACGACCAUGAAUAUUUCGUUUGCUUUUUAGAUGAUGAAGAUAGCGAUGAAAUAGUCAUGGAUCCCCCUCACCAGAAUAUUCGGCAAGAUUUGUAUGAUAAAUUGAGCGAGUUCGUUGAUGUUCCAAUCUCAGUAGCUGAUGAGUUAAAGUCCUUAAUUCCUAAUGACGAGAAUGUGGCGUGUGAGGAUACUACUGAUUUGCUAGCACCUGCCCACGUGGCAAUCACCUCAAUAUUGACAAACCUGCAACAGCAAUUUAACAAUUGUGUAUACUUCGAACAGACAUGGCAAAUGCAUUUCGAAACAAGAAUACGUGAAGAUACAGAUAUUGAUGUUAUGAUGCAGGAGUUGGAUGAUAUUUUACGCAGCAAUUUAAUUGUGAGCCAGGAAGCAGUAGCGCCUCUACAUAUAUCGAUAUCUGAUACGUUACGUAAACGCAAAUUGAAAAAUGUGCAAAAUGCAGUUAUGAACGUCAUAUGCGAGGAUAUGCUGGACUCGGCGUUACAGCUAACACAUGUGCUUAAUCAGAUUUCGGAAAUGAUUGGUCUGAGCAAUUCAUAUCAAUCAACGAACGUGAGCCGUUCAGCAUCUGGAGGCUCAUCGACAACUGUAAACACAGCAGACGCAAUUAUCACGCAAGCAUCGUCAGAGGUCAACUUUGAUUAUGCAUCAUUCAGUGCGUUAUCGGACAGGUUAAAAGAGGAGAAUUCGCGACUCCCGGGCACAAGGGAUGUUUUUGAAAAUUACAUCGCGAUAUGCCGUUUAUUGGAUGGAUUCUUGAAUCCUCUUUAUAGCAUGUUUACGGCCAAAUAUAAAAUUAUCGAAUAUGAGGAAGAAUGGACCGCAUCCAUUCACAAAAUUAGAAAGAUAGAACGCAUCUGUAGGAAUCGGAAUUGCCCUCUGCCGACAUCUUGGGUUUCUUGCAACAAGUUAAAAUCUUGUGUUAUGGAGCUAGUUGCCUUUUCUAAUUCCAUGACCAUCGAGUUUUCAAAUACGAUUCACGUAAACAUUUCGGAAUUGCUCGGUAUAUACGUGCAUAUACAGGAUCUUAUGUGUGCGAAGUGGAAGAAAAUUCGAGACAACGUAGAAAAGAAUUAUAAGGAAUAUGACCAGAUCAUGGUUGUACUUAAUGAUAUGAAUGAGACGUGGAAACUGGUCUCCUCUCAUAUUUACGCUAUGGAAGACAUCAUAAAAUUAAUUGCCGGUGAUGAUCAAAUGAUAUCUAUGCGCAUAGACCCAAUAAUGUCGAUGGAUACCGUCGUAGAGUACACUACGCACUGGAAAAAUGCGGGAGCACAUAUAUCCCAAUAUGAGAAGAUAUUAAAUACGGAUGCUAAUGAACACUCGAUUCCGAAAUUAAAAGUUGCUCUGGAAACUUCCAAAGAAGGUUUGUGUUCUUGUGGUCCAGUGUGGAAAGUGGUGGAGAAACGGAUUACCACUCUAGAGAAAUUGCUAGCUGGUGGUGUCGGGUCUUUAAUCAGCGAAUCACGAUUUGUCGAGCGUGUCAUAAGUGCUAUACGAGCAUCUAAUAAUCAACAACUCCCCCUAAUCGAGAGGAAUCUAAAAGUGAAGGAUUGGCUGGAGAUAAGCGAAGUAAUGUCUGCGGAGCUUCGGGAAAUAGUUAAACUUUUCGAAUUCCAGAAAGUCGUGAAGGAAUAUGUCAACACUACUAGAAAUAAGUGGAAUCAUACAGCAAUUACAUGGAAAUGUGAAUGCAUUAGUUCGUGGGGAAAAGGGAACGAAAAGAGCAGUGAACCAAAGCUAUGGAAAUUGCAAAAUUCCGAGUCCAUUCUUUAUCAGAUAGACGAUUGCAUGACGUAUAUGAAUACUUAUACAAGUUCGAAAUAUGUCGAAGAUUUAGCAGACGAGUUGAAAGAGUGGAUGAACAAGUUAUCUGAAACCAGAAUCUUCGUAGAACAAUGGGCUGAUGUGGAAAACAAGCUUUCUUAUCUGUGCACCAUUUUCUCCUCUACCAUAUUGCAGAAACAGCUUCAUAAGCAGGCGGAAGCUUUUAAGAGCCUUGUAGAAGAUCAGGAGUCUCUAGUUGCUUCGGUGAAGUACCUCAUGGAUGCAAGGCACGCGUUAACGAACCUGUCAAAAAUGGUCAGUCUCAUUGACGAAGUUGAGAAGGUUUUAAGGUCAUAUCUGGAUGAUCAGCGAUUUGUAUGUCCUCGCUACUUCUUCAUCCGUGAUGAAGAACUCUUCCAAAUUGUUGGUCAAGCCAAUGUCGCUAGACUUAAAGAGAAUAUAUCAAAGAUGUUUGCGGGUGUAGCCGAGUUGCAUGUUGAAGGCGAUCAUAUAUGUGCUGUGAUAUCCAAGGAAUCCGAAUUCAUGGAGUUGGCGAAUCCAGUACCGAUCGCCAACAUGGAAACCAUCGACGUCGUUUUAGCGCUAGAGAAAGAAAUUAAAAAUACAUUACAGCACGAUAUUGUAUCCAGCGUUAAGGAAUUAGAAUAUAUAUACUCACAAAAAAGUUUCAAUCACGAUUCUUACUGCAAAUGGGUGGAAACACACUGUUCACAGGUUUUAAUAAUAUCACUAUCGAUCACGUGGAGUCAAAAGAUGGAAUGUAUGACUAAUGAUAAAGAUGCUGAACAGCUUGCAACUUUGCUUAAUUCGUUGAUCAAAAGUUCCUCUUGCACUAAAGGCGACGACGCCAAUGUUGCACAGAAGAUGCAACAGGCUUUAAUCUUCCUCAUCUACCAACUGCAAAAGACGCGUUAUUUGUCUAGAUUGGAUCCCAACACCUUCCAAUGGCGUAGUUGUAUCCGUUAUUACAUAAACGAUGCUGGUUUGGUAGAAUUGCGGAUUGCAUCUAGAGUAUAUUCAUACGGUUAUGAAUUUAUGGGCCAAGGCCCUGACUUGAUUCUAACAUCUCUAACAGAAAAGUGUUUCACAUCAAUUUCUGAUGGACUGGAAUCAGAUCUCAUAGGUAAUCCGCAGGGGCCUGCAGGUACUGGGAAAACGGAGAGUGUAAAGGCGUUGGCAAUGCUGUGUGGCUACCCGUUUCUAGUAUUUAACUGCAGUGAUGAUUUCGACUCUGGUGCAAUGGAGCGCACUUUUGCCGGGUUGUGCCAGCUUGGUGCCUGGGGCAUAUUUGAUGAGUUCAAUAGGUUGGCAGAAGGAGUCUUAUCUGGGGUAGCGGAAACAAUACAACGCAUUGCCGUAUCGAAGAAAAACCGAGCCGGUGAUAUUAAUCUUGCUGGAAGGACGGUUAAACUGAAUCCUAACAUUGGUAUCUUUGUAACCAUAAAUCCAUGUUACAUCAGUCGAAACAGCUUCCCAUUGAAUCUGAAGAUGCUUUGCAGGCCAAUAGUCACGGACAGAGUGGACUUGAAGCAGGUCGUAUACGUUUUGUUGCAAUUGAGUGGCAUACAGGAAGCAUCAAAUGCCGCAAAUUCGUUAUGCAACGUCCUGAAUUGCUGCGCCAUUUGUUUUCCCGACGGCAUGUAUGAUUUCGGUUUAAGAUGCUCCAAAACCGUCAUUAGUUACAUCCAGACGCUAAUGGAAACAACCAAUUCAGGCAGUCAAAUAGGUUAUGAGCAUUAUACAAAUGCCAUAUUGGAGAAAGCGUUGGUAUCGCUUCUAUCCCCGCAGUUUCCGAUACGGGAUUCAACAAAAUUCGAAAUUAUUCUACGAUCAUGCGUCUCAGUGGAGAACUCUGCUGCUACAGAAACAUCACAUGUGCCUAGUGUAGGCGACACAGAAUUUCUGACUUUACUAGAAGAAAAAUACGGAGAAGUCCUGAAAGGCGACUACAUAAAGAAAAAGGCAGUGGAACUCUACCAUCUGCUGGGGACAUCCAAGGCAAUCAUGCUUCAUGGUCCCACUGGCUCUGGUAAAACGUUGUGUCUGACGGUUACGCUUGAGUUGGUUGAAGCGUUGGAACCACAUACAUACGAGGUUGUGCGUUUCGAUCCCAAUGCAUUGGAUGUAGAUGACCUAUACGGACAAUGUACCAACGGGGAAUGGAAAGAUGGCUAUUUCACGUUUAUGAUGCGGAAAUACUCCAAUAGCGAGAAAGAAGUAAUUUUCAUCUUUGAUGGUGAAAUCGCCGCUACUUGGGUGGAAAGCAUGAACUCGGUUCUGGACGACAAUAUGGUGCUAACAUUGAGUAAUGGAAACCGAAUAGAGCUGACAUCGAAUAUGAAAAUAGUGUUUGAAACUGAUUCCAUCAAACUUAUAACUCCUGCGACCAUUUCUCGUUGUAUUUUGAUGAGGUUUGAACUGGAUGAUAGCCAAUAUGACGUGAGAUGUUAUCCUAAGUAUUUUGCAAUCCUUGAAGACGAGUUACUCUUGUACCGCUAUAAUGUUUUUAAUGCGCUCUUGGAUAAUUGCGAAAAUGAUGCUGGUAAUUUUAUAUUUGCGUUUGUGAACGCCUUCGGGUGCCAUAUGGGAUUGAAUGGAUUUGAUGAACUGGUUACAAAUGUAGACCGAGUUAGUAAAAGUCAUGGAGAGCAUAUGAUCUCUUAUUUGGAAUCAGAACAGGCAAUUUUGGAAGGACGUUGCAUGAACAGACUGGAAUACCUCAUCUCUAAAUAUAUAUGCAGCUCAACUUCUUUCAUUUUGAAAGGCCAUCGUAGUUGUGAUUUCAUGAGGUUGAUUAAACAAUCGACUUCAUCGUUAAAUCAGUGUUUAAUAGUAGAAUUGUACCUGUCUAAAGGUUGCACAAGUUCCAGUAUACUCGAUGUAUUGUAUAAGCAUUCUGUGAUAAAUCAGGAUAAUUCACAUUUCACAAUGUCACCAAUCGAUCACGCAGGAUGUGAAGCCAAAAUGUUGUUGCUGAUACGAGAUCCGGAAUCUGUAGUUGCUGGAGGAGCGUUUGAUGAUACAGUUUACGCGCUUCUUCGCCAGUUAUUGGAAUUCAAUAGGUUCUAUACACGGAGGAAAGAUGCGGAGGAAUGGAUAACGAUACAUGUAAAGAAUGUAUCAAUUGUCAUGAUUACAAGCACUUUGGAAUCCACUAUGAUCCCUCAGAGAUUGAGGCGUAUUAUGCCUGUCAUUAAUAUCGAAAACUUUGCAAGGGGAGACGAUGCGACACUUUCCGACAAGCACCUCGAUUUUAAAAAUGAAGAUGACAGUGUCAAUAAACAAGAUAGGAUGAUACGAUGCCACAAAAAUCUUGUAGCCAUGUUAGAGAAGAAUGACAACUUCUUGUCAGAUGGAGACAAUUGCCUCUUCGAAAAUGCUAUUAAGGGUGGGCUGGAUUCCACUUCAUGGUGGCUGUUUUGGACAAUGAUAUAUUACAAAUAUGAUUAUUCGUUGGAACAAUCAGAGCCUACACUUGUGCAGGGUAGUACGGAUAUCGAUAUAAGAAUUCCAUGGUUAUUCGAAACAGAUUUGAGUGUAAUUGAGGAUUUCAAAGAGAGGUGCCAUUUUAUAAAAUGCUUUUUCGAGCUGAAUAUCAAGGUUCUCAUCAUAACUGGCGGAAAUAUGGCCAUAAGGGAAAUUUUAUGUCAUUCAGCAUCGACUUGUACCGGACACAGGGUAGUGCCAUUGAACUCCGCAUUGUGGAAUAGUGGGAUGCAUGAGAUUUUUAGAAACUCUGGUUUGUAUUCAGAAAAAUUUUGCAUAUUCAUUGAUUGGGAUGCCCUUGUUUUCCAGAGUCCAGAAAUCCUCCAUACGCUGAAAAACAUAAUUCUACAAAAUGAUUAUACAGCGAUGUUGACGACAGAAUGUAUAGAGCAGUUACGCCGCAAUUCUCCGGAGGUUGACGAAGAUGUAGAAUGCUUCCGAUCGAAGCUUUUAACCAAUAUACAUCGCAAUCUGAAAUUCAUUUUCUCUGCUAGGUCGCCGGCAUUUGAUGUAUCCAUCGUCGAUACGGGCUUGUACCUCCCGAUGCCUCGGAUUUCAUCACCAUUUAAGGAUACGACACAAGCCGCAUUCAUGCGUCAAAAUAUGCCACUUGAUUUAAGCACCAUAUACGAUAUAUAUAUAGGUUUGUGUCAGGGCCACUUAAACUUUUGCGAUUAUCUGCUUUUUGUAAAGUUUACCCAUGAUCUUUCGAAGAAGCGCAUGAUGAAACAUGAAAGCGAUUAUACACAUUUGAAGAAUGGAAUAGAGAAGAUUCAGAGAGCUAAAAAUGAAGUGUCGUCCAUGCGUGACAUGCUAGACUCACGCCGUGCGUACUUAACUUCAAAAAAUGUUGAAGCUGAGAACAAGGCAGUUCAGAUUAGGUCUUUACAGGCAGAAGCGUCGGUGAAGAAAAAGGAGGCGGAGGAUUUGAAUGUGUCGUUAGAGAAAGAGCGAUCUCUUAUAGUGGAUCGUAAUACUGAGGUCCAGCAACAACUUUCUCAGGUCGCCCCGUUGAUUGAGCAAUCUCAGCAAGAAGUUAAGGCUAUCAACAGAAAAACCUUGGACGAGCUUCGCUCCAUGAGUAACCCUCCGCCAGUAAUAAAGGCGACGGUUGAAACCGUAGUCAUGCUGCUCACCAAUUCUACAAGUACGCACAUCGCUUGGGAUAUUUGCAGAAAGGUGGUCAAGGCAUCAGAUUUCAUUUCUAAAAUUCUAACAUUCGAUGCAAAAACACUAGAUCAGUUGCCCUUCAGCAUCGUAAAGAAAAGAGUAACGGAAGAUGGAUGGGAUGUAAACAGAAUUAGUAAAGCUUCGAAGGCAGCUGGUCCACUGGCCAAAUGGGUCACGUCGAUUAUCACGUACGCCGAAAUCGCCAUACAGGUGGCACCAUUGCUAGAUGAGGUUAAACGCCUGAACACUUCAUACGCGGAAAAUGAGACGAAGAUUUCAGACCAGGCGUCACUUCUGGAAGAUUUGGAAAACGAAAUCACGCGUUACGAAAGCGAAUAUUCAGGAUUGCUCUCUUCAAUAAACACAAUGCAAUCGGAAAUUGAACAUACAUGCAGCAGACUCACUAGGUCGGAAUCGUUGUUGCUGAGCCUGUCGGAAGAAGUGAACAAAUGGAAAGAGACCAUUCAAUCGCUGGAAUCCCGCGCACCUUGUCUCGAGGCAGAUGUCAUUCUGGAAUCGAGUAUGUUGAUUCUCUCUGGAAGCCUCGAUGAUUCAAAACGCGACAAUCUGUACGGGUCGAUUACAAAUUUAUUGUCGAGCAAGGCAGUAAGUUAUAGUUACGAUUUCGCUUCCAUAUUGAACUUCGAUCGUUGCAUAUUACAGGAGAAUAUGCCAUACCGCAAUAGUAUGUUUGUGGAUGCUCCGGAUAUUCUCUACGCUUCGAUAAUAGGGUGCCCAUAUAAAACGGUAUCAGCCUGCGAUAAUCAUUUCAUGGCAAUCCUCACCUCCAGCAGAGAAUGCAAAUUAACUCUCCUAAUUAAAGACAUAGUUCAUGCAACAAUGACCGUAAAGCGAGCAAUAUUGAAGGAGGUAGUUGAAAAUAACUGCCAGUAUGGGUUUAAUAUUCUUCUGCAAAUAUCCUCAUCUGACUUACGGCGCUGCCAGCACCCGGAAACUGAAGACGACCAUUUGCUUUUGAACAUCAGCGAGUUAUGCCUCAUAUUGCACCUCCAACUAUCGCAUCGAAAUUUCGAAUCCUACUGUAUCGAUAUACUGACCCAAGAAAUCGAUCCCCAACUUCACAAGGCGCAUGAGGACGUGACAGUAACAACCGACAAGUUGAGUAAAGAGCUACGACAUACAGAAGAUGAAUUACUUGAAUUUUUGGUGGACACUUCGGACAUCCUGGAUGAAUCUACAUCUGUUUACCUCGAAGAAUAUAAGAAGAAAUGUUACAGCUUACAACGAUCUUUGAGAGACUGCGCCGUUGUCGAGGAUCGCUUCCGAUCUUUGGUAGCUGAACAUGCCGAUUUCACAGCACUCAUUUCGGAUAUGUAUGGCUCCGUUAAACGAUUGGAGAGCUUGAAUAGUUUGUAUAACUUCGAUGUGUCCAUCUUAGUGCAUGCCAUGAAACUGUCAUGCCAAACUGCAGAACGCAAGGUCACAUUUUUGAGAACCGUUUUCGGCUGGAUAAACCAAUCGAUUUUCUCCGAAGAUAGCAUUUUCUGGUGUUUCGAAGUACUCCGUUUGUAUAACAGUCAUGUAGAAGAAAACAAAGAGAUCAGGGAGCUAAUAAAUGACAUUUCGACGUCCACAACGGACCCAACGGCUAUAUCACUUGCCAUGGAACGUCUGAAACUGAAAUAUCUUUCUCCAACUGAAAACAGCCUUUAUGGUUAUGACACAAGCGUUUUCUCGCAUUUCAACAUGAUCAUCGUAGUAACCAGUGGGCUGGAGGAUCCCUCUGCGUUCGUAGAAGCAUACACACGGUCACAGGGAAGUGAAAUGCGCACACUGGCUAUGUGCACACCUUCUGAAGCACCGAAGAUCGAAUUGGCAAUAGAAGAAUACCUAUCCGAGGGUAGUUGGGUUUUGCUAAAGAAUGCGCAUCUUGCACCACACUGGUUCAAGAAAUUCGAAUCACAGUUUCCACGGCAAACAGAAGGCCCAAAGGUCUUCAUUACAUGGGAUAAUGCAAUGGAAUUGGACAUGACAAUACUGAUGCGUCGGUACCGAAUCAUAUACCAAGAAGCGGAAACAUUGCAAUCCACCCUGCACCAACUCUACCAAAGGUUUAGGGAUUCGUUCGUAAACGAUGACAAAGUUAAAUACCACCUCAUUACAAAGUCGUUGCUCGUUCAUGCCAUAGUGAUUUGUCGGCAAAGGUAUGUACCUUUCGGGUGGACGAUGCGAUGCAUGUUCGACAACAACGAUUUGCUGUUAUCCAUCAGUGCAACCUUGGAGUUCCACAGAAAUUUCCUCCACGUAUUAAAGGACAUAUUGGAGAACCACCAGGAGUUCUACACCAACAGCUUCUUGAUCAACGAAUGGCGCCAACGUAUUUUCGCCGUCUAUUCGUCGAAGCUAUCGACCGAAAUAGAUGAGAAGAUCAUGUGGGAGAUUCUGUUGUUCACCGACCCUGGAUGCUACCCGCUGGAAUCACCGGGUGAAGACAUAUCUGCAUGGAUUCAAGAACUCCCUGGUGUGGCAAGAGCCUCUCUGAUAGGUUUGCCGGACGGUGUCGACAAACUCAUCUUGGAAUCAAGGUUCAGCCAUUUGCGCGAAUUCAAUGGCUUAUCCACGGGAAAUGGAACCUCCAUAGAUCACUUAGAUGUUGAUACUCCCGAUUUCCCGGACGGAGCCAUGGAGCAUGCAGAACCCUUAUUAGUUGCCGCUAUGCGCAAUCAGUGGCGAGACAGUUGCAGCGCGUACGGCCCAACUUUGAUCACCGCAGAGCUCAUCAAACUCACAGAGUUUGCUAAGAAUACUACAGAGAUUAAAUUAAGACUACACAUCUUUUCGGAGCCGGCAAAACUGUUGGAUAUCAUGCGGUUGCUCGUUUCCCGCUCGUCGGGAGUGAAGGCAGAAGAGCUGGAGCUCCUUGUCACACCUGCAGAAGCAGUUGAUGCAGAUCAUCCGUCCCAAAAGAUAUCGCAGAGUUGUGAUUGCUUCCGGUCCAAAGAGACUCUCAUACUGGAUAACUUGGAGUUAGUAGGUGCCUCCUACGAUUUCCCUACCUCCACCCUCGCUGUUCCCGAGAAUGCAGACAUUGACGUUAGGCAACGAUUGAACGUAUGUCUGCAAUGGGUAAAUCACGUAUGCAACAACCCCGGCUACAGGACGCUUCUUCCCGUAUACGAUUCUCAAAGGACACUCAAAUUCACACUGAAAAUGGCAUUGGACACGCGUGACAGUUUGGCUAACCUCAAGAAUGUGCAUUUUGUUGGAUCGGACUAG